AUGCAUCAUCUCCGGGAUUCGCUGCUCGGCCCUUCGCCACGAGGCGCUCCUCAUUUCACCGCUAUAUCAGAGGCCUGUCGGGCAGACCAGGAGAGCACGCGUCAAUCCAUUGCUCGGGGAGAACUCAAGGAGAUUCGGGGCGCAGCAUUCCAUAACCGAACCUCGUUCAUCAACUCCCGAUACUGCGAGAUUGGAGAUGGCACGGAUUCCUUUGAAGAGAACAUUCAUUCCAUGUGGUAUAUGUACUACCAGCUCGGCCGAAACAUCUCGCACGAGACGCCCGACCACGAAGGUCUUAUCCUCGACAUAAUCCGGAUUCAAGGAAUGGGACCGCUGACUCGACGUGUGCGAGGAAAUUACGGCGUUGAUAUCGCACGAACUGCCGAAGGUAGCACACUCUGGAAUGAUCUACCCUUCUUAGUCACCGACAUGACCGACUUUUGGAAUAGCGACUUCCCGACGAUGUCGGGGGCCCAUCGACUCAAUUUAGCGACGUUCCUUGCUAAGCUAGCAUCAACUCGCGUUAGUAAUGAUAAACUGUGCCAGAUUGCCCUUAUUCUCUUUCGCAAUCUGUUGGAGGAGAGACAGGGACUUCGCAGUGGGGAAGACUUAGAUAAUGAAGAUCCAAUGCGGCGUAUAGACCAGCUUGAAAUAUGUCACUUGUUGCCAGCUGCAGUCGCUUGGUUCCGUCAUGCUGGCCACAAUCUUGUUCUGCUCUCAGAAGUGUAUUGGAGCGAUUGCCCUAGUACCAUCAGCCAGGGUGGCGAGAAAUUUAUCGAGUCAGAGCUUGGGCAGCGAUCGCCCACUGGAUUCUCGCCAUGGAGAUAUCUGUACUGGCUCAAGCGGCUCCAUGAAAUCAAGGAGGAGGCCAAAGAGGCUAAAGAGGAACUCUUAGAAGAGCACGCCACCGAUGCCAUUGACUACAUGGUCGGUAUACUCGAGGAACGAAACUCUGGAAUUCUAAUGGCAUACCAGAACGGCGGAGAUGCCUUGCGUCAGGACAAAAAUCUGCUUUUCCUGAAGGAUCUUUGGAAGAGUGAAGCUACGGAGAAUGAAGAAUCUACAGAUGGCGCAGAAUAA